AUUUGCGAGACGACUUUUGAGUCUAAUUAACCCAUAACGGGAUAAUAAUUACCCAAUACAGUACUUUACAUCCCAUCUAAACAAGGCCUCAGACACAGUUGGGGUGCCCAAACCCAGCGUUCACAUCGCACACUGUCAGAAGUACAAGCCGAACGUGCCCUCAAAUUUUUUUGAAAAAGUACAAGCUGAACAGAGUAAAAUAGAGCAUGCCCAACAACUGAUCCGACCCUCUGGUUCUGCCUCCCUCGGAACGGAAGGCACAGACCGGAGGCGAGCGGAGCAGGAGGGGGAGAAGCGACAAGGCGCCACCUCUCCCCACCCCGGGGGCGCCGGCUUGUCGUGUGGGAACGCCGCGACGAGAGAAACGGGAAGCCCAGCCAGCGCACGCAACGGGCAAUCACGCGCGCGCGCGCGCCGCGCGUCGCCGUACGGCGGCGACUCGACCGCUUGCUGCCUCGCUCGCGGCUCGCCAAUCAUCACCGGCGUCGGCAGACACACAGACGGAGGCCGCCUCCACCUCCCGAGCGAGCUCCGCGUCGUCAUCGACCUCACCUCCUCCUGCGCGCCGCCGAAAGCCAAGCCAGCGCGGCCGGCCGGCCAGAGCGGCGGAGACUUCCCUCGUGGCGCCGCCUCUUCGCCCCCUUCCCUUGACCCGCCUGCAGCCGCUGGCGGCGAGCGGCGCCCACCCGGGCCGGUACGCGGACGCGGCGGCGGCGGCCGGCCCGGGGGCCAUGGGGAUCUACGGGCGCCAGCGCCACCAGAUGGCGGCGGUCGGCGCGUGGGGAGACCCGUUCCGGCCCGACGGCGACGCGCUGGCCGCCCCCCUGGCCGCCGUCGCUCCGGUGACAGUGGCAGCGGCGGCGGACGUCGUCGAAACAGAGUCCAAGCUCGGCACACGCCUGGCGCAGCACGACGUCGUCGCGGUGGAGGAAGCGCCGCCGUCGUCGGAUAGCUUCGGGCACGACGACGCCAGGCCCAGAGACAAGACUCAGAGGCGGCUGGCGCAGAACAGGGAGGCUGCUCGGAAGAGCCGGCUGAGGAAGAAGGCCUACAUCCAGAAUCUCGAGACGAGCCGGAUGAAGCUGGCGCGGCUGGAGCAGGAGCUCGCCAUGGCCAGGCGCCAGCAGGUAAGGCCACCUCCUCGAGCUCCCAACAAUUCAGGAGAGCAGGCAAAGCCAUUGCUGAUGAGCUCCGAUCCGCCGCUGCAGGGCGCGCACGCCGGCGGAGGCGGGGUGCUGGCGCCGGCCGUGGCGGACCCGCGCGUGGCGGCGUUCGAGGUGGAGUACGCGCGGUGGGUGGAGGAGCAGGAGAAGCAGGCCGAGGAGCUGCGGGCGGCGCUGCAGCCGGGUGGCGCGCUGGCGCCGGCGCAGGAGCUCCAGCUGCGGCUCCUCGUCGACGCCGCGGUGGCGCACUACGGCGCGCUGUUCGAGGCCCGGGCGCGGGCGGCCCGCGCGGACGCCUUCUUCGUGCUCUCCGGCGUGUGGCGCGCCCCCGCCGAGCGCUUCUUCCUCUGGAUCGGCGGAUUCCGCCCCUCCGAGCUGCUCAAGGUCCUGGCGCCGCGGCUGGGCCCGCUGCCGGAGCCGCAGGCCUCGGCGGUGCGCGCGCUGCAGAACACGGCAAGGCAACUGGAGGACGCGCUGUCGCAGGGCAUGGCCAAGCUGCAGCAGACGCUUGUCGACGCCCUCAUGACCGUCGACGCGCCGGACGGCGGCGCCGGAGGGUACGCCGCGCGGCAGAUGGCCAGCGCCGUGGGCAAGCUCGACGACCUCGUCAGCUUCGUGGACCAGGCGGACCACCUCCGGCAGCUGACGCUGCGGAACAUGAGCGAGAUCCUGACGGUGCCGCAGGCGGCGCGGGGGCUCCUGGCGCUCGCCGACUACUCCCAGCGGCUGCGCGCGCUCAGCUCGCUCUGGGCGGCGCGCCCGCGGGAGCCGGCGUAGCGCCCGGCGACGGCGAGUGGCUCGACGGGGAAGAGGAAGCGGCGUUGGCAAGGGCACGCGCGCGCGUGGCUGGCUUGGCAGUCGACCGGACCGCCCGGCGGAGCAAGAGGAGAAGACGGGCGCGCGUCAGUGGCUCUGAAGCCAACCACCGCCGGCGGGUCCAGCUCGGCAUCUGGUACGGGCAAGGCAAGCGAUGUGUUUGCUCUGAAAGGGUUAAAAAAAAUGUGUUUGCUAUGAAUGAAACCUGAAUCUUCUGAUGGUUACAGUACAGCAGUAGGAUUUGGUUGGCAGAUCAAGGAAUUUACAAGUGUACAUAGUGUAUACAUCCAUGUUUGGAACCUUGGAUAGGGCAUGCUUCUGAGGCUAUUAGGCACAGAGUGUUUAGUAUUCAGUUGCUGCUUGUCUCUCUUAACCUGUAACUAGUGUCAUUUGUACGGAGGUCAUGUCAAAAUAUUGAUGAACAAUGGAAUCUAGUUUUAGCCACUGUUCGCUUACA